UAAAAGCAAUUCAUUCGUGUUCAUUGUAAUCUCUCUUCAUCAUCUUCAGUUAUGUUCUCUCUCAAUCAUUAACAAACCUCUCUGAAACCAGUUCCCUUGUUUUCUUGUUUACCCACAAAUCUUCUUUAUUUUACCUAAUUUCCUUACUUUAUUUGCUUUACUAAAAUCUUCUUCAGUUUUCGUUUGCUUUACUUCUGUUUUUCAAACUUGAAAAAAGCUAAAAAUAAAAAAUGGUUGAUGGUGCCGGGAGUAUCGGGGGUGAGUUGAGUCCUGUUCUUGAAGUUGGUAAGUCGUUGGCUGCUCCGAUUUGGCGUCAAUUUAUGUACUUGUACAACUACAGCACCAAUUUCAAAAGGCUGGAAAAGGAAGUUAAGAAGCUAAAGAAUACAAGAGACGAAGUUCAGCAUAAGGUUAUUGCUGCUCAAAGAAAUGUGGAAGAGAUCAAACAGAAUGUUAAAGACUGGCUAACAGAUGUGGAGAAGACAAUUACUGAAGCAGAGCAGUUGAUUCAAGAGAAAGCAAACAACCCUCAAUGUUUCAAGAGAUUGUGCAUCAACUACAAACAAAACAAGAAAGCUUUCAAAUUAAAGCGGGAGGGUAUUGAUCCACUCCUCCAGAAAGAAAAGGAGUUCGAUCAAGUUUCCUUUCCUACUAUUCCACAAGAUAUCUGGCUUAGAUCUAGUGAAGAUUAUUUGGCAUUCGAAUCAAGAACCUCUAUGGUGAAGAAUGUGUGGGAUGCAUUAAAUGACGAGAAUGUGUACAUGAUUGGUGUUUAUGGAAUGGCUGGUCUUGGGAAGACUACUCUUGUGCAGGAAGCUGGAAGGAAAGCAGAGAAGGAUAAUUUGUUUGAGGACAUUGUUUUUGUUGAGGUAACACAAAAUUUGGAUAUAGAAAAAGUUCAAACAAAAAUUGUAGAGAAGUUGAGCAUAAAAUUCAGUAACGAGACUGAAAGAGCAAAUAAGUUAUAUGAGAGAUUGAGGAGCGGUAAGAAGAUCCUUCUAAUUUUAGACAAUAUUUGGGAAGAUAUUGAUCUCAAGACUAUCGUUAUUCCUUCUAAAAUGGAUCGUGGAGGAUGUAAACUAAUGUUCACGACAAGAAACUUAGAUAUAUUGGAGAAGAUGGGCUCCACAAAUAAUUUCCAAUUGGGCGUUUUAGAAGAAGAAGAAUCUUGGAACCUAUUCAGGAAGAUGGCUGGUGAUGUUAUCCAAACACAUGAAUUGAAUUCUCUACCGAAUGAUGUAUGCAAAGAAUGCGGAGGAUUGCCCAUCAUCAUUUCUACCAUAGCAAAAGCAUUAAAAAACAAGAGUCAUCCAUCUGAUUGGAAAGUAGCAUUGCGAGAAUUAAGAGCACCAUCACCAACAAAGUUCAUGGGAUUCCUAGAAAAGGAAUACAUGAAGAUGGCCUUUAAGUUAUAAUUAUUUAAGGGAUGAAGAACUUAAGAAAACGUUUUUAAUUUGCAGUCUAAUGGAAAAUAAUACUUCCAUUUCAGACUUAUUCAAACAUGUUGUGUGUUUGGAUAUACUUGAAGGAACUAAUUUGACAAUGGAAGAUGCACAAGAUAGAUUGGAUAAAUUGGUUCGUGACCUCAAAGAUGCUAGUUUGUUACUAGACGUGGUUAGAAGCAAACAAUUUGCUAUGCAUGAUGUAGUUCGCACUGUUGCUAUAACAAUAGCAUACAUUGAUCAUCAUGUAUUUACAUCGAAAAAUGACAUUGAAC